GGGUCCCGGAAGAUGCUACGACCUCCGUCCCAUUGUUUGCAUUUUACCUCGUGAUGUGGACGGCGGAGUAAAAGGCGCCAGUGUUUGGUGUCCUUCCAGAGAGAAACAUCACAAACUGCUGCAUGAGGUUUUAAAACCUGAAGCGAAGCUACAAAGAGCAGGUCGGAGAGAAGUCGAGGAGAGACACUUCAACAUGAACUCUGAGAGGAAACUGUCAGCUGGCCAGCAGAGAGCUUUACCUACAGAUGUCCAGAAAGUGAUUGUUGGUGAAGAACAUCAGCAGGAGUGGAGCUCCCGUCUGGACCAGGAGGACACAAAGCCCCCACACAUUAAAGAGGAACAGGAGGAACUCCAGAUCAGUCAGGAUGAAGAGCAGCUUCAAGGGCUGGAGGAGGCUGAUAUCACAAAGUUCCCAUUCACUCUGGUCCCUGUGAAGAGUGAAGAUGAUGAAGAGAAACCUCAGUUGUCACAGCUUCAUCAAAGACAAACUGAAGAGAUAAAAACAGAAGCUGGUGGAGAGGACUGUGGAGGACCAGAACCAGCCAUGAAAUCAGAUCCAGAUACACAUUUACAACCAGAUACUGAUGACGAGACUGGAGACUCUUCUGAACCUGAGACUGAUGACAGUGCUGAUUGGGACGAGACCAGAGAACCUCAGUCAGGUUUAAACUCUCUGAAUGAUGAUAGAUUCCCUGUUAGUGAUUCAAGAUGUACUACUGGUGAGAAAGCAUUUAGCUCCUCUGAGUGUGGGGAAAGAUUCGGCACCAAUGGUGAUGUGAUGAGGCACAUGAGAUCUCAUACAGGAGAGAAACCAUUUAGCUGCUCAGUCUGUAAGAAAGCUUUUGGACAGAGUGGAAACUUACAGAUACACAUGAGAAUCCACACAGGAGAGAGACCAUUUAGCUGCUCAAUCUGUAAGAAAGGUUUUGUAUGGAGUGGAAGCUUACAGAAACACAUGAGAAUCCACACAGGAGAGAACCAAUUUAGCUGCUCAAUCUGUAGGAAAGAUUUUACAGUGAGUGAAAGCUUACAGGUGCACAUGAGAAUACACACAGGAGAAAAACCAUUUAGCUGCCAAAUCUGUAAAAAAGAUUUUGCAACGCGUGGAGACUUACAGACACACAUGAUAAUCCACAAAAGAGAGAAACCAUUUAGCUGCUCAGUCUGUAAGAAAGCUUUUGGACAGAGUGGAAACUUACAGAUACACAUGAGAAUUCACACAGGAGAGAAACCAUUUAGUUGCUCAAUCUGUAAGAAAGAUUUUGUAUGGAGUGGAAGUUUACAGAAACACAUGAAAAUCCACACAGGAGAGAAACUAUUUAGCUGCUCAAUCUGUAAGAAAGAUUUUACAGCAAGUAUAACUUUACGUAGACACAUGAGAACCCACACAGGAGAGAAACCAUUUAUCUGCCCAGUCUGUAAUAAAGAUUUUACAGUGACUGGAAAUUUAAAGAGACACAUGAGAAUCCACACAGGAGAGAAACCAUUUAGCUGCUCAGUCUGUGAGAGAGCUUUUACAGAGAGUGGAAAUUUAAAGAAACACAUGACAGUCCAAGGAGAGAAACCAUGUAGCUGCUAAAUCUGUAAGAAAGAUUUUAUACUGGGUGGAAACUUACAGGCACACAUGAGAACCCAACACGUGAGUGUUACAAGCUCCACUCUUGUUUUGCUUCUCCCUGAUUGAGGUCUGACGGGUACGG